AUGACGCAAUUGUUCACCCGAACAAAGCCGUACAAGGGCGAUGAAACUAUUCAAAGAACAAAAGAAAAAGUUAUUGAUCUAACAAAAAGUCUAACUGAUCGUCAACGUUAUUUAAAAUUAUUAGUUGAACAAUUAUCUGUGGAAGAUUUACAAGCAUUUUUCAAAAGUUCAUAUCAAUAUAUUUUUUAUCUUUUCUUUGAAAACUUUAGUCAAGUUGAAAGUAACAUAACACGAGCACUCUCAAAACAAAAUCAAUUAGAACUUGAAUAUGUUACCAAUUUAUUGGAGCGUAUUUUGACUCUAUUGCCUACUACUGUACAUCAGAGAUGGCAAGCACAUUGUAUAGGCAAUGUAAUCAAACGAUAUUUCGUUGUGUGUAACAGUCCACAAGGUGUUGCACGUGGUAUAAGAUUAUUUAUUUUGUGGUAUCAAAUAUUAGGUAGUAAUGCUGUUGAUGAUGAACAUACACUUUUCAAAAGUCUUAUACGUAAUUGGAAUCAAACAUUGGUUGGUACACGUGCAGGUGGAGAAGCGAAUAAUACAGAUGAUCAAACAUCUGCAGCAUUUAAUGAAAUAUUUCGUACACCACCAGAUGUUUUUCGAUGGACUGAUAUAAUUCCAAUAUGGCCAAAAAAUACUUUGGAUAUCGAGCCGACUGUUGAUCGUUGGCUUUUCUUUAUGUUACAUACAAUGUCGGAUACUUGCAAACGUAUUUUAUGGGAUUCAACAGCUGAAUCAUCACGCAUGGGAAAACAAGAAGAAUGCUUUCGAUUUUUAUUUAAUAUGUUCAAACGUUAUUAUAUGCCAACACUGUUCCCUACGUUUACCGAACAAAAUAUUUAUGAUUUAUCGAUAUCAAUAACAAUUCCAGAAACCGUAGGAAUUGAAAGUGAUCGACCAAGACGACGGCAAACAUGCUUAUGUCGAACAGCAUUUGUUAUGUGGCUAUUGCCAUUUCUUAAUGAAGGAGUCAGUCGCGAGAGAACAUUAACUCGUGUAGCCAAUCCCAUUGCAUCAUUUCAAAAUCCUCUGACUCAAUCAACAGUAUCGACUAGUACAGUAACUGGCGGAACAGAUUAUCUAUCAUCAUCAAAUGAAUUAUAUCAUAUAAUCGCGGGAUCAACGUCAAAAAAUCAAACAUCAUCAUAUCAACAAUUAGCGAAUGCCAUUGGACCAUUAGAUAGUCAUAUAUUAGAAAUAGGUCAAAAUGUACUUUUAUCAAAACAAGAAAAUAUUAAUUUUAUUCAUGAGAUAUUUCGACAAAGUUAUCUUAUGUCCGGUGACAAUGGUUUGGCUGCUUCUCAUAUACUUCGUACGGUGAAUAAUUGGAUAAAAGAACAACAUUUACGACCAGCUUUUAUGCUUGAGCCGGAACAACGUUCCGCAUCGAAUGAUGUACCUAGUGAUAAUCACAUUCGUUUAGGUCUUAAUCGUUGGUUACAAAUUUUCAUAACACAAUCAUUCUAUUUAUUUCUUGUACGGCCAACAUCAAUCAAUGAUGAACAACAAGCAAUGACAGGACAACAUGGAAUUAACACAACAAAUAUAUUACAACCUGAACAAGCUAUGCGUGAACGAUCACAUGCUGGUCUUGUUACGUUCUAUAAAAAAUUACCACAGCGACAUACACCAGAUCGGACAACAUGGGAUUUAAUUUUACGAGUUAUGCUAAAAAUUGUACGACUUUCAUUGCCAGAUCGUCCAUCACCAAAUACAAAUCAUAUAUAUAUUGAAAAUGCAAUCAAAACUCUUCUAUUUCUAUUUCAAUCAGCAUCAUUAUAUGUUAGCGUUGAACUAUGGAAUAGUUUAAGUGAUACAUUAUCAUCAAAAGCUACGUGGUCUGAAGUGAUCGAUCAAUGGGAUGUAUCUAUGCGAGCAUUGACCAAAGAUCUUGGCCGACUUGUUUACAAUGUUGAAACAGAAGCGUCACAAUCGUCGAAUAUUCGUCGAACUGUAGCAAAUGGUGGUGUUCGACGAAAUGCACAAUCAGUUCCACCCGGUGCACUUGAACAAAAUUCUUCCGGUAUACAACGUGUACGAACACUAAGCUCCGAUGAAGAUGCUGAUACAGCAGAACAAACACCACCACCACCUCAACAACAGCAACAGCAACCUAUUCGGCCAUCAAUUAUUGAACGUACACGUGUAGCACGACGACGAACAAGUAGUGAUGAAAGUUUAACACAUACAACAAUAUCACCACCAUCAGUUAUUACUCGACCGCAUAUUUUAGCAUCUAUUCCGAGUAAUCAAACAGGUGAACACCAAGCAACAUUGGAAGGGCAUAUACAUGAUCACCAUCCACUUUUAUUCAGUCCAAGUGAAAUGUUAAUACCUACUCAUCAUCAUCAACAACAACCAUUAACAAUUCAAAUAUCACAACAAACACCUAUUUCUAAUAUGAGUGAUAUGUCAUCACCAACACAUCCACUUGAUUCACCCAUGAGUGAUGAUUAUAGUACUGCUUCAACGGGUAUACUCGAUACGAAUAGUCUCAGCGGGAUUGGCAGCGGUGAUGCAUUAGCGUCGCAAUUUAAAACUAACAGUAGUAUUCAUGCAACGGAUUCUCGUUCAACAACAGUUUCCGAAUCAGCUUCAACGUCUGAUCAUCAUCAACAUGUAUCUCCGCCAUUAUCACGUAAUCAUCAUCCACUCAGCCAGUCAACUGUUGAUAGUCUUCAUUCAUGUAAAACAAAAACUCCAAUUAAUAAAUUUGUUUUUACUAUUUUCAAUAAAAUUUCAGUUCCACAAGAUUCAGUUACGCUCGAUAGUAUCGAUACAGCUGUUUAUAAUCAUGAACAAGGUUAUGAAGCAGAACGUCUUGCACCUGAAACGGCGUAUACAGCAUGGUUUCGUAUGCUUGGUUCACUUGGAAAUAUUAAUCAAAUACGUUGCGCUGAACAACAUAAUCGUAUAAUGAGAACACUGUUCGAUAUAUGGAAAAUGCUGUGUCGUAUUCAUAUUCUAUCAAAAGAUACUUUACAUGGUGAUUUAUAUUUUGAUGGUCCUCCAUUGCUAAUAUUUGCCCCGUGGCUUUUUGAAGGUAUACAAACAUUACCAGCAACACAUCGGGAGGGAAAGUUAGCAGCCUAUAAAUUGUUAUGUUCAAUGGGUGUUUUUAAUCAUGAUAUAUCACCACCGGCAGAUUUUCUUGAUAUGUUUUUGUUGAUUAUUUCUCAAGGUUUAUUAUCUGGAGAUGAAGACGUUAUUUAUGUUAUAAUUAGUUCAUGUAAAGUGGAUUUUUUUCAUCGAUGUUGGCCAUCAUCAACAUUGUUGUUACCAUUGUUUACUUCAGCUUGUUGUGAAAUAGGUCAAAAACCAAAUUUUGUCGAUGGGAAAACCAUUCCAAAAGUAGAAGCAUUGACUAUAUUGAGUAGUCUUGUUUGUUUUCCAAAUCAUUUCGAACAACUCGAUGUCUUAACUAAUAAAGAAAAAGAUUUUGCACCCGUCCCAAUGGAUCGAACGUCAUUAAAACGUAUGAUUAUGCGAGAUCUGAUAAAAGCAUCACAAAAUGAUGUCAUGCUUGAAUCAAGAGAAAUUGCUCUUUGUGGUUUAGCAAUAUUUCUUUGUGAAGAAUUGAAGCAUCAACGAACGGAAUCACCUAUACGACCAUUUCUUCUAUUUAUUGUUGAAUGUUUGCAGCCUGCGGAUUCAACAGUAUUUGCAGCUGAUAUGGUUCGUUUUCUUGCUUCAUAUGCUCCCUUAUUUAUUUCACAUCGUGAUAAUCACUCCGGUCAACUGUACACAUUAAUAAUCGAUGGUCUUAUAUCAUCAUUACGUUCAAAUAUUCCAGCUGAUAUUGGUGCUCUAAUGCGUAAUAAUGUUCGUAUAAUAAAAUCCUUAAUAUUUGCAUUACUCGAUUGGAUUCUACAUGUUCCAACAAGUUAUUUACAACAACAACAGAUGGGUCGUGAUACAAAAAACCAAGAAGCAUCAACAACAGCUAUUCAACGAACAUUUUCGAUAUUAAUUGAUGUUUAUCGUGCAACACAUUCUUUAAAUGACGAACAUAAAGUUCAAGAUAAUGAAUUAACAUUAAGUCAAUCAAUAAAAUUAUGUUGUAAAUUUGCUAUUUUAUUUUUACUUAAUGAGCAUUCACAUUAUCCGUUGACUGAAAAUGAAUCAUCACUUAUAACAACCAAUGUACAUGAAGGACAUGAUUGGUCAUCGCCAUCAAAACAACUAACCGUACAAAACGAGGAGAAUCCAAAUCCAAAUCAAUCCGAUGAAUUAAUUAUACAUUCAUCCAAUAUACAAUUGUUUGUUAUUCAUGAUGAUUUUCUUGUAUCGUUUGUUGAAAUACCAAAUGAUAAAGUUAAUGAACUAACAACUGAUAGUCAACAAUUUAUAUCACGAACAACUGUAUGUCGAACAAUCAUAAGAGAUUUAUGUGGAAGAUAUUGUUGGGAUAAUUAUGCUUUUAAUAUUAGUUCAAAUUCAAAAACAAUUGCAAGUCCAUUUAAUAAUCCUAUUGAAUUAUCUCUUCCAACUAAAUCAACAUAUCAAGUUGAAGAAACAACACGAGGCAUAACAGUAUUGGAAAAAUUUGAAUCACUACAACCACCAACUAUUCAAAAUCAACCACCAAACACUGAUAUUCUUGAUAAGCUUCUUCAAUAUAUAACAUUUCACAGUCCAGAAUUAGCAUUUUACAGCGAUCGAACAUUAAAUGAAGUUUCACCAACACCAACAUCGAUUUCUUAUCAUGAUGAAAAUGCUAUCAUAAAAAUGAUAACGGAACAAGAAAAAGCGGAACAAAAUUAUGACUCAUCACCAUUUGAAAAAACCGAACAAUACAUUGAUAAUACCGUUCAGCAAUCCCGUUAUGAUCGGUUUGCCCUAUGUCGAUCACAUAUAACUCAACUUGGUUUAAUGAUGUUCGAAAAUCGUCAAAAUAUUGAUUUACUAAAUACAACAAAACAUAAUUGCGAUCAAUUAUUACGUGAAUUAAAAAAUUUAGAUUCUCUUAAUUGCCGUGAAACCCAUAAAAUCGCGGUUAUUUAUGUUGGCUAUGGACAAGAAGAUAAACCAAGUAUAUUUAGUAAUACACAUGGUAGUCCUCCUUAUGAAGAAUUUCUUACACAUCUUGGUUGGCAAGUUGAACUAUCUAAACAUACUGGUUUUCGUGGUGGUCUACAUCAAUUACCUAAUACAUAUUCAAUUUAUUAUGCUAAUGAACUUGUUGAAAUUAUGUUUCAUGUUGCAACAAUGAUCGAUGGAUCGAAUGAUGAAGAUCGACUAAGAAAAAAAACACGACACAUUGGAAAUGAUGAAGUACAAAUUAUUUGGACAGAACACUAUCAUGAAUAUGAUAGGUCAACUAUUGCUACUGCUUUUGGUGAUGUUUUAAUUGUUAUACAUCCAUUACCAAAUGGUUUAUAUAGAAUUAAAAUUGAUAAAACUAGCCAAACAACCAACUUUGGUCCGUUAUUUGAUGGUGCAAUCGUUGAUAAACUUAUUCUUCCCGAAUUAGUACGUGCAACAGCUAUUAAUGCUAGUCGUGCACGUCGUACAACACUUAAUAAUCAUUGUGAAUUUUACGAAGAACGUCAUCGUAUAAUAAACUCCAUCAUACAUAAACAUAAACGUGAAACAACAUAUGAAGAAUUUCUUGCUCAAUCAUUUACACCAUUAGCAGCAAAAACAUUGGACGAAACACCAAAACCAAACUCCCAGAUUGAGCGCCGCGACCAGUCUAGCAAUGCCGUAAAUAGUUCAAAUUCAAAUGUGCAAAUAAGCAGUCAAAGACAACGUCAAACAACUCGAAAUUUUCCUUUUCUAACACCGAAUAAUAAUAAUACACCGACACCGAUAACACGACGAUAA